GAGCAAUUAAAGCAUUUUACAACAACAGGAAUCAAAAGCAGAAGAAGGAGAGCCUACUCACACUACACAGUCGAUCAUCUCAACCAGCCCAUCUCUUCAUAAGCUAAUAGAACUUCCCCACCUGCCACGGUAUUUCGUACUUUGGACCCCCAAUGCCGUAAUCGGUCAGCCUAGUUGGGCCGAAGUCCGAGUUGGCGCAGCGGGGCAGUUGGACCCUAUUUAACUAACAACGAUGAAUUUCCCUCGAGUCAUUUCAGCACUGUGUAGACUUCACGGUGAUCAUAAACAACAAUGGGAAAGACAAACCUCGAAGCGACCGUGUUGAGCGUCAACCGGGCUGGCACAAAAUGCCUUCUGGUGCCGAUGGAUCUCCACAACCCAGCCGAGUUUGACGAAUUCCUCAGACAGCGAAUUUCAUGCGGGUGGGACAAGGAAGUAGAGAUCAUAGAAGGCUGUCGAAAAAGAAUGGACGACAAGACGAAGUUUCUUUUCUGGAUCGUGCCCGCAGAACUCGCCGAGAGUCCCGGAACGAGCCGCUUUGCUGGCCACAUCUCGCUACAGACCACGGCGCAUCCGCCAGACCUUGAGCUGGCCAACCCAGAUAAGACGGUCCUGAUGAUCUCUACCUUCUUCAUCCUACCCGAGUAUCGCCGUGGCGGACUGGGCAGAGCUGCUGUCCAGGCUUUGGAGGAACGUGCAAGGGUCGAACCGUACGGAUCCCCGGCCUGCAGGGCCCUGGCUCUCACCGCUCUCAGUAGGAGGUAUACCGAGGAUGACGAGUGGCGUGGGUUCUACGCGGAGCGAGGGAUGGAGGCUCCCGAUAAGGGUUCUAGCAUCGAGGAUUGGUAUACGAGGAUGGGGUACGUUAAAUGGAAGGAGGAGCCGAGGUAUCGAGACAAGUUGCAGGAUGGAACCGAAAUUGUGCUCCUUGCAUCGUUCCUGAGGAAGGAACUUCGCUGAGGGGGAGGGUGGCAAACAACUGGUCGGGAAGCCCGAAGGUGUACGCCAUGUCUGCCAUAUUUUCAACUUGGUAGUCCACUUGAUGGGAAACAUGAAGUCAGCUUUCAGAGAUGUCUCUAUUUCUGGGAUUUGGGAUAGCUAAGUCUUUAAAAAGCGGUACGACUUUUAUAAUGGUUGGCCACGUAUGAAAUAUUCU